ACAUCUCAAGAGUCCUGUGUGCGAGUCUGUUCUUUAUCUGACUACUCGUGACAGCUAACUCCACUUGAACCAACCACAAGUGAGCCCACCCUUUUUUUGCUACUUUGUCACCCCUCUCUGUCUCUCAAGUCCUUUUGUCUUCCGCGGCCCCUUUGAAGCAACUUCUCCACACAGAUUUGUUUGGUUCAGCUACAGAGAGAGCACUGUCGGUAUGUCCAAGGGUGGAUAUCCCUCUGUGUGUGUGGUGGACACUCACACCACCCGGCCUGCAGUGCCACCCAGGCUGAGCCAGGUGAGACGGCGUGCCGGGGCGGCGCAGACCCUGCUGUUCCUGCUGGUGAGCGUGGCGUUGUGCGGCAUGGCCAUAGAAGCCUGCUUCAUCUACCGUCUCUACCGACCGGGGUCUGCCGCCUCAGCAUCGUCCUCUAAGCUCAUCGCAGGUCCAGUCGUUACUUCUCCCCCUGAAACUCUUGUUAUUCCUCCUUCCAAACCGGUUGCACAUCUGACAGAUGGACAAGAUGUAGUUCACGGUGCAAAAAUCAUGGCGUGGAGCAUGGAUGCCGACCCUCUCCUCUAUGAAAUUAACUACAAAGACAAAAGCCUCGUUAUUCAGAAGGAGGGUUAUUACUCUGUCUAUUCCAAGGUUUCCUUCUUAGACAUUGAUGUAUUUCGCCACUAUGUUAAUCGGAGAACUGAACGGUACCCAGGCGGAAGUAUUCCCCUCCUGAUGUCCAGAAGACUCUCAGGAAGGUCCAGCCAAAUGCGAUCCAACAGUUACCUGGCUGGAGUGUUUCACCUCACAAAAGGCGAUGCCCUGUUCGUGGAAGUGAGCAACACCUCAAACAUCGCACGACUCAAAUCUUAUGAGAACGUCUUCGGUGCAUAUAUGAUAUAAAUAUCACAUUGAUAUUUCACUAUGAGUCCCAAAGUUUGGAAUAACAGUAAAUAGAAGUGGACAAUAGAUGUUAUGAGGCUUAAUGAUUCUCUCUAUAAAGAAAGAGUAUAGGUCCACAACCGGAAGCAUAGGCAGGUGUGAAAACCUCAUCGAGUGUUAUGAAGGUCAGGACAUUGCGGGGGGCUUUCCU